AUGUCUGCCGAUCUCAAGUCUGUUGUGGACGAUUGUCACAGCAAGAGACAUCUCAGUUUGGAAACUUUAGCCGCGGAGUGGCAGACAAAGGAGCUCGACAGACACGCAAUUCGCGCUGAGAUGAUGAAACAAGAGGUUCUGCAAAAACUGAGCCAGGCAACCGGGCUCAUGGACUCAGAAUGCAAGGAAACUUCCACGGCCGCCGACCAUGCGCCCAUAAACCGGUUGGACUGGGACGAACUGUACGAAACCUCCGCAAAUUUGAUGGAUUUGUACACUAAAGAAGUAGAUAUCUGUUUGACAGAGCUUGACAGCUACUAUAGGAAACAAUAUUUAUGGCAAGAGGCAGCUUUUACAAUCGACUCACACCGUGGUGCCACCCGAAUCGGUUUUGCGGAGAGCUGGAUAGCUAGCAAGGAGACCCAUUUGGAAUAUACGCGCCAAGAGCUCUCUUCAUCAGCCCGCGUAAUCAAGCGGACGCUGGAAGAUCUGUCACGCAAAUAA